AUGCCCCUCUCUGUGGCUGCUUUCGCGCCUAACGUUCGCCAUCGUAAGCCUAAGAAGCAAUUUAUUGAGCCUGUGAAGCCAUACACGACUGGUCUCCCGCCCAAAAGUAGCAGCCCUUCCUUUGUUCCGGUCUCGUCUUACCCGGCCACUGUAUCUUAUGAUAGUAACACAGCAGCUGAGCAACUAAAGGCGACGGAAGACUUAGUUUCAUUGUAUUUGACGCCUGAGGACGAUUUCACACAGUCACCCCCGUGGAGCAGAUACGUAUGUCCACACAAGCCUAAGAAGAGAUCUAGGAAGAGAUCUAUUGAUCCUGUGAAGCCAUACACGGACAGUGCCCCACCCAAAAGAAGAAGCCCUUCCUUUGUUCCAGACACGCCUUACCCAGACACUGUAUCGGGUGUUCCUAACACCACUGCAGAGUUAACGGCGAGCGAAGACUUAGAGUCCUUGCAUCGGUCGUCGUCUAGUACACCAACGCCCUACCAGCCACCAAGUGUCUCCAUUGAGAGGGAACAAAAGGCAUCUGAAGAGACAAUCCAUGCCAUAGAAGUAGGCGAAGUAUCUGAAGACACCGGACUAACAGCAACAGCCCCUACAUCACGCCAAACAAAUCGGGAAGCUACAGGCGAAGGGUCUGAAGACACAGAGCUAACAGCAACCGUCCCUACAUCACGUCAGACAAAUCGGGGAGCUACGGGAGAAGAGUCUGAAGACACUGGACUAACAGCAACACAGCUUACACCCCACCAACCGUGUCAGGCUGCUUUGCAGGAGGUCCCUGAAUAUAAUGUAGGUGAAUACCUCUUUAACUGUAUCUAUAGCACCGAGGAAGGCACCGAUUAUGUCAGCUGUAUACCACACACCUCUGUCAUAACUGUGUCAGAUAAAAAGUGUAACAGGGAUAAUACCCCAGUAACCACUCCUGUAAAUGUAUUAGAGGUUAACGUUCCAUUCCUUGAUAAGCAAGCAGUACCUAAUUAUAUUACUAACAAUCCGUUUGAACACGGUGGGGCACUAGGAGGUCCUGAGCAGGUAACAUUACUUAAGAGUGAAGAGUUUUUUGAGUAUUGUGUCAACACUACCCCUCAACAACCUGCGUCCGAUGUCCCUUAUAAACAAAUACAGGCUGCAGAAUUAGCCAAAUUACGAAAAACAAAACGAUGGUCUUAUGAAUAAAUUAGAUGUCUUGCAAACAGCUAACACACAAUUGACCGGUUUGGUCACAGACUUUGGAACGGCUCUAGCCAGUCAGGCCAGAGCUAACACGCAUUUGGUUGAUAUGGUCACAGGCUUUGGCGCAACUCUUGCCUCUCAUGUCAGCUCUCUCAAUUCAAUGCUUGUACCUAUGAUAGC